AUGUUCCAAAACCACCAACAAUUUUUGUCAGAAAAUAAUAAUUUGAGAAAACAGGAUCUUGAGUUGGCAGCUAACUUAGGAAAUUCUUUGUUGCAAGAGAACAAGGAAUUAUUAGAAAAAAAUGAAUUUCUCGAAGAAUCUCUUGCAACAAGCAAUGAAACAAUCUCUCAACUUCAACGCCAUUUAAAACAACGUAGCAAACUUUUUCGUACAAUUGUAGAUUUGGAGAAUGAAUAUACUGAAGAGGAGGAGACGGAGAAGGCUUGUUGUAGUAAUUCUUGUGCUGCGAGGUCGGUAGAUUUUUCUCGAAUGGAAAAACAACUUUCAAAUUUGGAGAAAGAAAAUACUCGAUUGCGUAUUAAGGUUGAUGAUUUGGAAGAACAAAAGAAGACUAUUGAAAAGAGAGAAGGGAAUACUGUUAGCGAUUAUAUGUCACAAUUGAGGACGGCGAAUUUAAAGAUUGCACAAAUUCAAGUUCAACUGGGUGAGAAAGCAAAACAAUGUGAAUCCCAAACAGAAGAAAUCCAACGAUUAUUGUCUGAUAUUUCUGAAAGGAAGAAACGGGAACGUAUUCUUUGGGAUGAAAAUGAGGACAUUCAAACACGUUUGGACAAUGAAAUACAGACACAUGAACAACUUCGUUCUGAAAUUGAAUUACUCCAAGAACGCUAUUUAGAUCUUAUUGUAGUGCUUAAAGACACAGAAGAUGAAUUGAGGGAACACCGUCGAAAGGCGGAAGUUCCUCCCCCACCUCCAAUUAGACGAACAAAUAGUGUAGACUCGCUUUAUGAUUCUUUAGCGUCAGAAUUGGAAGGAGCUGAUUCUGGUGGAUGUUAUGGAACUCCAAUGUUUUCUGCAAGAUAUGGUCCAUCAGCACAUUGUAGUUCUUUGGGUUCUGGGGGUGCUAUUGAUCAACAACAACAAUCACCAUCUCACCAACCAUCUACUUCAAAUGCUUUACUUGAUUGUCAACCUCAACAAGAAAUGUCUUUAAAUUGUCAAAAUUUUGAUGUGCCUUCUCGUGCCUUAUUAGAAGCUGUUCGUAGUACUCUUGAAGAUAGAAAACAUUUACAAAGAUUAAAUAAUAAACAACAGAAAAGAAAAAUUUCUAAAGAAGAAGGGAAAGACAGUCAACCACCAAUAAUUGAUUCUCCAACUACACCCAUUUGUAUUCCUUUAAAUAAUGGAGGACAACAAAUAUCUAGAAAAAUCUUUCAGGAUGCAUGUUGUUCACCAAUUCAAUUCUCUCCAAGACAAUCAAAUAACGAAUGUGCCUCUUCUUCUUUUUGUUGGAAAUUUUCAACUCCACAAAAAACCAACAAAAACAUUUCUUUGCAAAAUAAUUCUGGUUCUUCAACAGAAAGUAUUGAUUCACUUUCUAGUUAUUGUCCACCAAAAUUAGGAACUCCUGGAAGGCCUGGUUCUAAAGAUUUGGAUUUUAGUAUUAGACGGUUGUCCUUGCGAAAAGAGGAAAAACAAAUUCUCCCACAAGAGAAGAAAUGUGAAGAAGAAAUUGUCAUCCAUCCAAAUUUGAUAAAUGAAAGUUAUGCCCGUUUUCGCAAUUCUAAAGGACUUCCUCCUACUCAAAAUGGAUUUUACUCUCCAAAUGGAACGAAUUGUCAAUUUAUAUAUAAAUCUGGAUUUCCAAGUUGUUGUCCAACAAAACAACUUAAUCGUUUAUGUAAAAAUUCUUCAAAUAAUAAUUCUCCAAUAAUUAGUAAAAGCAGUCCAGAAUGUUCGAGAUUUUCUUUAAUUAAAAAAGAAGAAGAAAAUAAUUUAUUUAAAUCUUCUUUUGGAAAAGGAAAAAUAACAAAAAAUGGAGGAAUAUUUUGUUUAGCUGAUUUAUUUAUUAAAAAUAAUAGAAGGGAAAAUAAUGGAGGAAAUUCUCGAACAAUUGUAACAAGUGAAAGUUGUUCUUCAGGUUUAGAAUGUUAUGGAAAUAAUUCUUCUACAAAUGAAGAUAAUUUGACAAUUAAAAACAGUAAUUCAGAAGAAUCCCCUCCAAAAUCUUCAAAAAAUAUUCAAAAAUAUUUAUUUGCUCAACAAAAAAUUAAUGAACUUGGAAUUAAUUUACUAAAUUCUUCCAAUAGCAAUACAAGUGUGAUAACAGCUAUAGAAAUACAAAAACAACAAAAUAUUUUGGGUGUUCUACAACGUUUUGGAGGCAACUAA